GAGGGCAAUGAGGAGAAGAAAGGGUUUACUAGCCCUAAAAUUAUUCAUGGAGAUAAGGAGGGCCACAAAGGAAGUUCCACUGUUGACCUGACCAACAAAGAUGAGGCCUUCAUACAGGGAAAUAAGGAAACCUGCUCCUCUUUAGUGACCACCACAGAAGAGGCAACUGGGGAGAGAAAGGAUAAAAUGGAUAGAAUGACUAUGGCCUCUCGAAAAGAUAUGGAUCACAGCAUCAAAAGCCCUGCUUCAAAAAAAAUCCCUACCAAGCCAGCCUCUGAGUGUGGAGAUGACCUGAAAAUGGCUCUGUGUACGUCUUCUAGUGAUAUCACCUGUAUGGAAGCAGCCACUGGAGAUAAUAGGGACAACAAGAAUACUGAGGGAACUACUGCUGCCCACAGUACAUCUUCUAGAGCUCAAACAAAGUCACCUACCUUAAGCAAAAUGGAUGUAGAACAAACUAUUAAUGUGGAUGAGAACUAUAGUACACUAGAUGUUCCAGAUCCUAGAACCAGCACACCAGGUCCUGGGAACCCUAAUACUGUUAAGGACUUAGUGGUUGAUACAACAGUUGACAGUGCCCUCUUGAAAGUUGGAGAAUCUAAUUGUGAGACACAGUUUAGGAGGCCCGAAAAGGAAAGUAGCAAGCAUAACUAGGUUUGGCGUUGGAGAAAACCAGCAUAAUCCAAACAUGAAGCAAAGGAGAGCUGAGAAGAAGACAGAAGAAAAACCCAGGAAUGUGACACAAAUGUCUGUUGACGAGAAGCACUGUGGUCAGGCAGUGGAGAGUCACAAUGCUGAAUCCCCAGCUGGGCAGUUGGAGCAUACUGUUGAAGCAGAGACUGGUUCCCAAAAGAACACUGCCAAGGAACUGGACGGACAAAGCCAGCAGAUUCAGUCAGUUAUUCCACUUCAGGUUCAUAAGCCUGCUGCUGCCCUGCGACAAGGGAGAAUGGCCUUCACGAAAGAGGAAGACAUAGCCAUAUUGAUCUAUAUUCGAGAUAAUGCUUCCUCCAGCUGUACUGUUACUGGCAAUCUACUGUGGAAGGAUAUGGAGAAGAAAAAGGUGCUUAGCAGGACCUGGCAGGCCAUGAAAGCACGUUAUGUAAAGUACAUUGUUGAUCAAAAGCAUAAGUACAAGUUACCUCCCAAAUGCUCUACUCUUCCAAGUAAGGGCUGUAGUUCAAAGAGAAAGCAAGGAUCUGAUAAAACUAACAGUUCAUGGCUUAACUGUACUUCGACCUCCACUAUGACUCCAAAGAAUUGUGAUACCAUCCAUCCCAGGGCCUCAACUGUUAUCCCUCAGAAUUGUGAUACCACCCAACCCAGUGCUCCAACUGAUAUCCCUCAGAAUUGUGAUACCAUCCAAACCAAGGCUUCCAAUGAUAUCCCUGAGAAUUGUAAUGCCACCCAACUAAGUGCCUCCAAUGAUAUUCCUCAGAAUUGUGAUAUAAUCCAACCCAAUGGCUCAGCUGAUAUCCAUCAAAAUUGUGAAACUAACCUAUCCAGUGCCUCAGUUGAGAAUUGUGAUCCCACCCAACCCAGUGCUUCAGCUGAUAUCCCUCAGAAUUGUGAUACUAUCCUACCCAGUGGCUCAGCUGAUAUCCCUCAAAAAUGUGAUACUAACCUAAGCAAUGCCUCUGCUGAUAUCCCUCAGAAUUGUGAUUCCACCCAACCCAGUAUUUCUGCUAGUAUCUCUCAGAACUGUGCUACUACCCAACCCAGUGCUUCUACAGGUACCCUUCAGAGAAAUUACACUAUGCCUCCUACUGGAUCUUCUAUUACCCCUCAGAGAGCUAACACCAUGCCAUCCACUGCUUCUGCUGUUAACCUUCAAAAAUGUGUCACCAUGCUACCCAGUGCUUCUACUGAUACCCUUCUGAAAAAUGACUCUAUGCUGCCCACUGCUUUUGCUGUUACCCCUAAAAAACAUAACACCAUGCUACCCAGUCCUUUUGCUCAUACUCCUCAGAAAAGUGAUGCUAUGCUACCUAGUACCUCUGCCGAUACCUAUCUGACUUGCAGUGUUACACAGCAUGGAGCCUUUACUUCUGCUAAUAGCCUGGUGACUAAUAUUGCCUCAAAAGAACAAUCCAUUUCAACACUCGAGAAGAGGUCAUCUGAUCCAACAAAUGAUGAGUCUCCACCUCAAAAGAAAGGUAAUAAAAUGCUGACUUCUCAUUCACCCAAGACUAUUCUACCAGAUAGAGAAGACUCCAGUGAUUUGGACGAUCUACAUAUAUUUGAAAUUGCAAACAUGGAAUUUGAGGAAACUGAUGGCAACUCAGGCCUGGAACAGCCAGCUCCAGCAGUCAGCCAGACUGAGAACCACAACAGUGCAUUGCAUGUGGAUGAAACACCCUCCACUUCACAGGCAUCUGAGAGCGAAGGCCUUCGGGAAGCCAUGAAUGACAUGAUGACAGAGUUUAGGCUUGAUGUCUCUGUUGUAACACAAGCGCUCUUUUUCAACAGCGGAGAACUGGGCAGCACCAGAUACUUCCUGCGCACAGGCACCCGCCCCGAUGGCUAUCCUAUUUGGGAGCCAAAGGAUGACUUGGAAUUAAAGAACAACAACCCAAAGAUGCAAUCACACCUGAUUAAUAAAUAUGGUGCAGAUAAUGUUGCUAGAAGAGUGGCGUUCCUGGCGAGUUAG